GGAUGGUGGGGGUUGCUGAAGCCGCCAUCUUGGAUUCCGCGGUAGCGGUGGCGGCGGUAAGGCGCCGCUUCUGGGGAGUGGCUCUUCUCUCCCCCUCCCCCCGGUUCGGUAGCGGCAGCUCCUCCCACUGGGGGGUGGCGGGGCGGCGGUAGCAUCUACGGCCAUGGCGGCGACUACUGCUAACCCCGAAAUGACAUCAGAUGUACCAUCAUUGGGUCCAGCCAUUGCCUCUGGAAACCCUGGGCCUGGGAUUCAAGGUGGAGGAGCCAUUGUCCAGAGGGCUAUUAAGCGGCGACCAGGGCUGGAUUUUGAUGAUGAUGGAGAAGGAAACAGUAAAUUUUUGAGGUCGGAUGAUGAGCAGAGCUCUGCGGAUAAAGAGAGACUUGCCAGGGAAAAUCAUAGUGAAAUUGAACGGCGGCGACGGAACAAGAUGACAGCCUACAUCACAGAACUGUCAGAUAUGGUACCCACCUGUAGUGCCCUGGCUCGAAAACCAGACAAGCUAACCAUCUUACGCAUGGCAGUUUCUCACAUGAAGUCCUUGCGGGGAACUGGCAACACAUCCACUGAUGGCUCCUACAAGCCGUCUUUCCUCACUGAUCAGGAACUGAAACAUUUGAUCUUGGAGGCAGCAGAUGGCUUUCUGUUUAUUGUCUCUUGUGAGACAGGCCGGGUUGUAUAUGUCUCUGACUCGGUAACUCCUGUCUUGAACCAGCCACAGUCUGAAUGGUUUGGCAGCACACUCUAUGAUCAGGUGCACCCAGAUGAUGUUGAUAAACUUCGUGAGCAGCUUUCCACUUCAGAAAAUGCCCUGACAGGGCGUAUCCUGGAUCUAAAGACUGGAACGGUGAAAAAGGAAGGUCAGCAGUCUUCCAUGAGGAUGUGUAUGGGCUCAAGGAGAUCAUUUAUUUGCCGGAUGAGGUGUGGCAACAGCUCUGUGGACCCAGUCUCUGUGAAUAGACUGAGCUUUGUGAGAAAUAGAUGCAGGAAUGGACUUGGUUCUGUGAAGGAUGGGGAACCUCACUUCGUGGUAGUCCACUGCACAGGUUACAUCAAGGCUUGGCCACCAGCAGGUGUUUCCCUCCCAGAUGAUGACCCGGAGGCUGGCCAGGGGAGCAAGUUUUGCCUAGUAGCCAUUGGCAGAUUGCAGGUAACUAGUUCUCCUAACUGUACAGACCUGAGUAAUGUUUGCCAACCAACAGAGUUUAUCUCCCGACACAACAUUGAGGGGAUCUUCACUUUUGUGGAUCAUCGCUGUGUGGCUACUGUUGGCUACCAGCCACAGUUUCAGGUGGUGAAAUUAAAAGGCCAGGUGCUGUCUGUCAUGUUCCGGUUCCGGUCCAAGAAUCGAGAAUGGCUCUGGAUGAGAACUAGUUCCUUUACUUUCCAGAACCCUUACUCAGAUGAAAUUGAGUACAUCAUCUGUACCAACACCAAUGUGAAGAACUCUAGCCAGGAACCACGGCCUGCACUAUCCAACACAAUCCAGAGGCCACAGCUAGGUCCUACAGCCAAUUUACCCCUGGAGAUGGGCUCAGGGCAGCUGGCACCCAGACAGCAGCAACAGCAAACAGAAUUGGACAUGGUACCAGGAAGAGAUGGACUGGCCAGCUACAAUCAUUCCCAGGUUUCUGUUCAGCCUGUGACAACCACAGGACCAGAGCACAGCAAGCCCCUUGAGAAGUCAGAUGGUCUAUUUGCCCAAGAUAGAGACCCAAGAUUUUCAGAAAUCUAUUCCAACAUCAAUGCAGAUCAGAGUAAAAGCAUCUCCUCCAGCACUGUCCCUGCCACCCAACAGCUAUUCUCCCAGGGCAACACAUUCCCUCCUACCCCCCGGCCGGCAGAGAAUUUCAGGAAUAGUGGUCUGGCCCCUCCUGUAACCAUCGUCCAACCAUCAGCUUCUGCUGGACAGAUGUUGGCCCAGAUUUCCCGCCACUCCAACCCCACCCAGGGAUCAGCCCCAACUUGGACCCCUAGUACCCGCCCAGGCUUCUCUGCCCAGCAGGUGACUACCCAGGCUACAGCCAAGACUCGUACUUCCCAAUUUGGUGUGGGCAACUUUCAGACUCCAUCCUCCUUCAGCCCCAUGUCCCUCCCUGGUCCUCCCACUGCAUCACCUGGUGCUGCUGCCUACCCUAGUCUCAGCAAUCGUGGAUCCAGCUUUGCUUCUGAGACUGGACAGACUACAGGACAAUUCCAGACACGGACGACAGAGGGUGUCGGUGUCUGGCCUCAGUGGCAAGGCCAGCAGGCUCAUCAUCGUUCAAGUUCUAGUGAGCAGCAUGUUCAACAGCCAUCAGCACAGCAACCUGGUCAGCCUGAGGUCUUCCAGGAGAUGCUCUCCAUGCUGGGAGACCAGAGCAACAGCUAUAACAAUGAAGAAUUUCCUGAUUUAACUAUGUUUCCCUCUUUUUCAGAAUAGAGCUAUUGGGGUGAGGAUAAGGGGUGGGGGAGAAAAAUCACUGUUUGUUUUUUAAAAGCAAAUCUUUCUGUAAACAGAAUAAAAGUUCCUCUCCCUUCCCUUCCCUCACCCCUGACAUGUACCCCCUUUCCCUUCUGGCUUUUCUCCGGCCCUCCUGCCUCUCUGAGGUAACAUUUAUAGAAGAAAUUGACUGAAUCCCCAAGGCUUUUAGGACCCUUUGAAAAUUUGAGGCUGGGUGAAGUUAGAAUGCCUUUCCUUAUGCCUCCUGACCAGAAGUUGUACAGUGAUGAUUUAUGCUAGGGUCAAGAAGCAGGUUAGAAGAAUCUGUCAUCCACUAUUUGCCUUGAAUACUAUGUCUUGUUUUUAGAAAAAAAAUUAUUCAUAAAGAGUGGAAGAGAGGAGAAAUGUCCUCAUAUUUGAGGGCCGUGAAACAUGGUAGGUAUAUAUGGGGCUUUAGGAAGUAAGCAUAGGCUCUUUUUGCUGCCUGUGAGCAAUUCUUCUGGAAAGAAACAUGUUAGUGAGAGAGAGAAAAUGUGUGUGCGUGUGUGUGCACGUGUAGGCUGUGCACGUUUCUUGUAUUUCUUUCUUUCUCCCUAUUAGGGAGUUAUGCAAAAUUUGUCCCAGAUUUUAUCGUUGUCUUUAGUGUGCUUUUCAAAGAGUCCUAAGGAGUUAAAUCUUCCAGGCAUUUUCUACUUAAUAUUGCCCAGCCAAAGAGUAUUUAAAUAAAUGUCUUUGCUUCGCUUACAUCCAUGCCUAGCCAACAUGCAACUGUAAAACAGAUUUAUACAGUCUUCUGUUGAUAUGGUUGGUCUCUCAUCGAACAUAUUCAGUGAUAAAGCUGGAUUACUCCUGCUUUUGGUGCUCUCACUUUAUUUGGAAGAUCUGCAAACAUUACUAAAAUAGGCUGGCAAGAUAAACACUUUCAGAAACCCUAGACUUGGCCAUAAGGAUAAUGCUGCAUUUUUCUGUCAGAAUCACAUAUGAUGUGUGUUCUGUAGAGGUUAUUUCUGCAUGGAAACUCAACUUCUUGGAUUAGUAGUCCAGUGAAAUCCUCCCUAUUGGACUGUAAACCAAAUACAGAGCCCUCUUUGCAAAGUAGCCUCUUUCAUCCCAUCCUCAAAAUAUCUAUUUUAGCAAGAAACUGAGAUAUAGGUGUUUCCUGGGCCUAUAGUUCUUUCUUUUUUGCUCCCUCUUUAAUCUUGAGAUUGGGUUUUGCUUUAGAGUGCAAGUAUAACAACUCUGUGUGACGGAUGAAGUCUGGAUGCCCGUCCCAACAGGGUCACUUGGUAAUUAACUAUAGCCAUAUAGACGCUGAUAAAGGAUACUACUCUCACCCUUUCCCUUCCUCAGGUAACGGUCAUGUAUACCAGCUUUUUUUUUUUUUGUAAUUGGCUCCGGCCAGUAUGUAAGUGCAAGACUGAAUUAAUGAGAAGAUACGUUAAAUGUAGUCACAGGGACUAAGGAGCACAGUUGGCCUUGGAGAGGCUGAAGGAAUAUCAUUUACCAGGUUUUCCCUCCCUUUUGUCUCCAGUCUGGUUCCAGGUAAUGGAGUGAAAAAGGAGACAGUUUAUUUUUUUAUUCUAUGUGCACACAGUAUACGUGUAUAUUUAUAUCACAGUUUAUGAAACCAAAAAGUUGAGUUUCCAAUGGAAUCUGUGUUUUUUAAUAAUCAACUGUUUUUAAAUGUGAUCAGGACUAUAAUAUUGUACAGUUAUUAUAGGGCUUUCGGGGAAGGGGAGGAUAGGGAGAAGAUGCUCUGGGGGUUUUGUUUCUGCUUUUCCUUCAGGGUUUUAUUUUUGAUUGUUUUCUUGUUGGCCAUUUCUGUAUUGCUGGCAUCUGUGCUAAGCCUUACAGUGGCAAAAGUAAUGAUAUGUAGCAAAGAUUUUAAAACAAAAUAUUUUUUCCUUUUGUAAAA